UCACACUCAGUCAGACCAACUAGCCACAAGCAAGACAAGCGCCUUGCAAUCUUCAUCAAAGCUGUAUACUUUACUUGCUAUCAUCAUAGCUAACUGUAGAACAGUCAGUUUAUACUAAACUGGAAAAACAACCAUUCCAAUCACAAUGAGUUUUGAAAGUCUACCAACCAAAUCAGAGGUGAUGUUCUGGAACUCUGGAAACUUGGCUGACUAUCUCAAAAAAAUGAAACUGCUGGGGUGUGACAGGGUGGUGAAGAAAAGCAAUAUGAAUGGUGCAAGAUUCUUGAACAUGAAUGAUAAGGACAUGAAGAAGUUCCCCACAGCACAUAUCCCAUUUAUCACAAAGAUCUGCAAAGAUAUUAACCAGAAUAACAAACAAAAGAAGAGUCUGUUUCAUAGAUCAGAUCAUCGGAUGCCUCCAAACCAAGAACCUAGUCCAGCAGGUUGGGAUUCUGAUGAAUUUGACAAAGAAGAAAGUGACAAUGACUACGAGGAGCCAGAUAAUAAUGUGUGUGAAGACAAUUACAUAUGCGCAGAAUCAUGUGAUAUUGGGGAAGUUGACAUUUCUGAUGAUGACUAUGAACCACCGCCUAGUGAAAUACCCUCUGAAGUACCGACUCACUUUCGUGUUCCAAAGCCUCUGGGUGAUGGUGAUUAUUUAGACAGCCCACGUGGUUCUGCAAGACCACCCCAGAACAACAAGUCAACAUCUCUUCCCAAAGGACUUAUUAAUAUAUCUAAGCCUCCAUCACGACCGGAUCCCUCUCCACACAGGCCUUUCGUUCCCCCUAAUCAAUCCAAACCUGGUCCAGCUGUGCCAAGGGUAGACCGUAGUAAGAAACCUGGCUCAUCUACAAAAGAUACUGGCAAAGGUACUAUUCAAAACACCUUACCAAUGCCUCCUAAAUCAACAUUUCCCACACAAAGAUUUGACAUCCAACAAAGGGAAGAGCUUCCUUUUCCACCUGUACAAGUAAAUGUGAUGAUGGGGCAGGACAUGGAUCCAGAGUGGUAUGUGGGGCAAAUGACACGAGCAGAGGCCGAAAUCUCACUCAGACACGUGAAUAAAGAUGGCACUUUCUUGGUGAGAGACAGCUCAAAGGGCUGCACAGAGCAGCCUUACACACUCAUGGUGCUGCACCAGCAAAAAGUGUACAACAUCCAGAUCCGCUUCCUUGGAAGCAGUGAUGGCUAUUCCCUAGGCACAGGCCUAAAUGGCAUUGAGAAUUUCUCCAGUGUCAUGGACAUGGUCUCGCACCACUCAAAGACCCCACUGGUUCUGAUAGACGGAAUGGAGCGUGGAGCUGGACCUCAGCGGCAGUGCUGUCUUAUGCACCCAGCAGGUUACUGACCCACAGAACAAUCUUAAUAAUAAUACCCAGUUAGCAUCAUAAUUCUGACUGGGUUCCUGUGUCAAAAAGACUUUAAUGGAAUUCAGACACUUUGUCUGAAUAAUGAGCAUUUAUAGGUGCUGGCAUUCAACGGCAGGAUAUGCAAGCACUCAUCUCUCCUUCAGAAAAAUAACAAAGUAUAUGACUAAAUUAAUAAAUCAUAUUUAGUUUGAUUCGAUCAGACAGGACUGUCUACACUUUUUACAUUUUUAAACACUUUCAAUGUUAAAAUCAAGAGGCAUUUUUACACUCAAUGUUAGCUAGUGGAAACUUAACUCACUGUACAUUUGUCUGUUUUAACUUAAAUAUUUCUAAUGCUUUUAGUGUUUGAUAUUAAUAUUGCCUGAUUAAAUUGUGCUUCUUAAGUAUAUUAUAGUAAA